CCAUGCUUUCUAUUGAUGUAAUAAUCACCCUAAACGAUCUUAAUUUUAUCAUGUUUGUGUUUGUGUUUGUGUUUCCAUAAUUCCCAGAAUUGGGUUUUUUCUGCAGUUCUUCCUUUGGUCUCGUUUGUCUGGAUUAGAAAAGAAUGGAUUCUGAAUUUGGGGAUUUUAGUUGGUUAACAAAUAUGCAACACAAGUUUGAAUCUUUGUUACCAGAUGUUGAUGAUGUAUUGAGCGAUGAGAGAUUGAAAUAUGUUGAAGAUCAGUUUCAGACAGUUGGUUCCAAUAUUCAAACUCAAUUAUAUGCCAUUAGUACCAACUUUACUCAAUUUUGUUCUGAAUUAGCUCAUGAUGUUCUUUCGCCCUCUUCGUCGAUUUUGAAUGAGGCUUGUCGUGAAAACGAAGAUAUAAUCCCAGGGAAAGGAAAUUCGGCCCAUCUAUCGUCGUUCUUAAAUAAAAAUGAGAAGAUUUUGUUGCCUGACAGGAUUGAAUUGGUUGAUAAAGUGAUUGAUCAGAAUGUAAAACACGCAGCAGCUGGGAAGGAUUUGUGUUUGAAAUCGUCGUUAGCUGAAAAGUGCAAGGAUUGUCGAGAUAAGGAAGAAGCCACUGUUUCUGUAUAUGGUGCAGCUGAUGAACUUUCUAUACAAGAUGAUGUAUUGAAAUCUAGAAGUAAUUUACUGUCCUUAACCGAUUCAGACAGUUACAUGGAGAACAUCGGGCUCGCAAAGGAAGUUACUGUAUGGGACAACUAUUUUACAUCUGAUUGGGGUAAAUUUCCUAUUUCUUCUUCUGUUAUGUUUAUUUGUUUUUGUUUUUGUUUUUACAUCAGAUUUGGCUUAUUUGAGAUGAUGUUUAUAAUGGUAAAACAAGACUAUUUGGUUCUUCUAUGCAAUUCUCUGUACAAACUUGAGUUGAAAACAGAGUGUUUAUUUGAAAUAAAUUCAUUUCAUUUGAUAACUUAUAUCUAAAUUUACUUAAUGAUUUCGAUUCAGCU